GCUGUGAGGUCAAAAUAAUAUUAGCGAGUGUGUGUGUUUUAUUUUUGGCUAUGCCUCCCCCCACCCGUACAUUUCUCCAUGCGCCAGUCCCUCCUUCUGAUUCCCAAACAACGGUCCAGUCCUUCCUCGUCUCUCUCCCUCUGUUCCUAGCAGCUGUCAGUCACUUGUACAGGGCUGUAACUCUAACGCUCAUGAAUAUGUGCAAAUCUCUGGGUUCUGCAACAGAACGGCUGGACUGCAAGUGAAACUGCACUCUAAUCUCUGUUCCCAUUGCAGCUCUGUGCUUAUUAAGGGGACAUAUCUUUAAAGGGUGGAGCAAAGAAGACAUUAUUGUAGCUGUCAAUGUCCAACAACAGUAGCUGCUGGAGCCUGAGUCCAAGAAUCUACCUCUCUGGUUACUCCAUUAUCUUGACCCUGGGUCUGCUUCUGAAUAUUAGCGCUCUAUGGCUCUUUAUCGUUCGCCUGCCAAGUCUCCGGUCUCCAACAAAGGUUUACAUGAAGAACCUGGCCUUUGCCGACUUCCUACUAGUGUGCACCCUUCCCCUGAUGAUUUAUCAGCAUGCGUCUCCUAUUGGGACAGACUUCACAAAGAUUCAAACACUCUGCACCAUUGCGGCCACUUUCCUCCUUCUCAAUAUGUACGGCAGCAUUUUCUUAUUGGCUUGCAUCAGCUUGGACCGCUGUUUGGCCAUAUGCUACCCUCUCAGAUCCCAAAGUUUUCGUAGAUUUGCACCCUGGGUCUGCGCUGGGGUCUGGAUGCUGAAUCUUGGAGCUUGUGGUUCAUUUUAUUUAAAACCCAACACAAAUUCAACUUCUACCAAUGAAUGUUUUUCCAGCCACCCUCUUCGUGUGACCAAGAUGGUUUCCACCAUAGCUUCCUUGUUCAUGGGUUUCCUGGUUCCUCUGGGAAUAAUGGUUGUUAGCUCUUGCUCUCUGCUAAGAGCAGUCCGUAAGAGUCAGUCAGUUCAAGAUGGGACAGUGAACAGAAGUAAACUCGUCCAUAUGUUAACUGCAAAUUUGGCAAUUUUCCUCUUUUGCUUCCUUCCCUACCACGCUGUCCUCCUCUCCUACCAGAUUUGGGAGAAAGACUGUAUCCUGAAGGAGGCCUACAAAAUUGCUCUGUUAAUGGCCUGCAGCAAUACUGUGCUGGAUCCUAUGGCCUAUUACUUUGCCACAGAGACUAUGCAGAAGAAGAUUGUUGAAGAGAAAACCAGGCUGGCAGGAGGGUCUGGGGGAGAAAAUGAAAAUAACCCCAGUUUCAAUCUAAUGGCAUGUCAUAAGGGAAUUCAAGCCUGAGCAGAUGAUGGUGCUAUUCAUAUGAAGUACAGUAAGCCUUAUCUGUGAGCUGCUGGAUAUAUUCACAAGUAGACAUACAGAUGACCUUCUCAGCCCCAUCACAUGCAAGGGUUUGGUGGAUCUAGAGCAUGCUCCAUGGGAUACCACCUAUCUUCUGGCCUACGUGUGUGCUGAUGGACUGAUGACAAUCCUGUGACUCCUAUAUCAUAGGACUUCUGUACAUAUAUUAAUCUAUCAAUCUGAGAUAGAAGUUGAACUUUAAGCUGUUGCCCGUUUUAAAGAUGGUGCAUGGUUAGCUAUAGGAUAGCAUGGCCACACCGUAACCCCUGCCACAUGGGUCCUGCUUUUACUGUUUUACUGUUAAAUUGGCCUACAAGAGGACCUCCAAGUGGACCCAGGCCCAAUGUGCCCCAAAUAGGGAAAAUUCCCAUCAACCCAUACUUUUUUUUCAUUUGGGACUUUAUAAUAACUUACUGUAUACCAUUUGGCACUAUUGAUAUCUAAUUUCUGUGAGAGUGGCCCCGGGUUUCUAGGUGGACCCUAAGAGAACCAGUCAUGCUCGAAGCAGAGGUUUUAAUGAAAACAAAAAGUAAUUUGCUACCCACAGGGUCAAGGUCAAUGUGAAUACAAAUGGUAGAAACAAGAGAUGAGCUGAAGACCCUCUCUUCCAGACUCAGGUUUAAUAUGUCUGCCUUCAUUAAUUUUCCAGGCAUGACCUAGGGGUCCUUAAUUAACAGUAAGUACAUGAUGAGGUCAGUGGCACUGCAUAUGCUCAGGAGAGCUGUGUUAUUGUGAGUGGUCCUUAGGGACCAAGGCAACUUAAUUCAUUGAUAAUGUGGUUAUAUAUAUAUAUAUAUAUGUGUUAUAUCCGGCAAAGCUAAAAUAUCAAGUAAAAAGCAACUGAAAACACAA